GCCUCUUGUAUGAGCUCCUUCAUACCAAGUUGCCCGUAUUUGAUUCCAAGGUUGGUUAUAUUUGCCGCAUGGUUAACUUUGGUUGCAUCUUGGGAGCCUUGGUGUCAUUCUCAAUAUUACUUAAGAAGUACUACCAUAAUAAGUUGGGGAAGUUUGACAUCUACCUGACAUAUGGGUUGCUGAUUGGGGCUUUGGCAUUGGAUUUGAUAUCCAUUUGGUUACUCAUGUGCUCUGAUUGGAUUAUUGUUAGGCAGUACUCUGACAAAAAGAAUUAUGAGAAAUUCAUUAAUAGGUACAGGUGGUCUAACUCAGUUCCCCAAUUAAAUAUCUUUGAUUGUCAUUUCAGUAAUAAAGACGGAGCUUAUGCAAACAAAUUGGUUGAUUUUCUUGGCAAAAGGUUUGAAACCAUAAGAAGAAGAAUUCUGUGUGUGUCCUCCAAAGAUUUUGUAGAAGAACAAGCUUGGAAGUUCAUUUUUACAACGCUACAAGAACAGGGUAUUGGAGUUGCCGGUUCGGAAAUCUUUGGUCCAUCUAGAAUUCUCACCGGUCAUGUUACUAACUUCGCUUGGACCUUGAAGAAGUUUGAACAUAUGGAUAGCCUGCUGAUAUGGCACAUAGCGACUGAAAUAUGCUACCAAAAAGAAUGUUCAGAUAACAGCCCCAGCAAUUCAGAUAACAGCCCCAGCAAUUCUACCUCUACAUCUACUAAUUGCUUUGAUCACCGAAACAUAUGCAAGUUGAUUUCAGAUUAUAUGUUUUACCUUUUGGUGAUGGAGCCUAGUAUGAAAGCCACCUCGCCUAACAAUUUGAAGAUGGUUUUUGAGGUCAAUGAUGAAAAAUGGAAGUGGCCAAGUUAUCCGGAGAAGGGAUCCAAAGAAACAUUCACUAAAGAUCCAAGAAAGCUAUUGGAAGAAGAAGGUGAAGACGAUCGUAUAGAUCUAGAUAUGUUGAAGGAAGAUGUGGACAAGUUAGAACUUGUUCAACUUGAAUAUAUAGCUAGAUUUUCGAGAAUAGAUGCUGCACGUCUUCUUGCCAAGGAGCUUCUGAAUCAGCCCGGUGGUUGUCCGUGGGAAUUAAUGGGCAGAUUUUGGGUAGAAAUAGUAUGUUAUGCUGCUAUUAAUUGCCAACCCAUUGUCCAUGCACGACAAGUAAGCAGAGGUGGACAACUUCUCACCUUGGUUUGGUUGUUGAUCAAUUACUUGGGAUUAACUCCUCCUUCAAUGACUCCAGAGUCGAUUCCAUUGGAGUACCUCCCUACAGAAGGGCUGAAGCAUGAGGCGCGGAAAAAAAGGCGCGGACAAAAGACGCGCCUGUCCUGAAAAUUUGAAAAUUUGAAAAUUUGAAAAUUUGUGGGGGGACCAUGGGCUCCUCUGGCCUCUUUUAUCCUUGUUCCUUCAAAAGGAACUCCCUCACGAGAUGGAGAUCACCGAUCAGCCAAUUCAUGAAAUUGAGUUUAAUUCUAGAGUGUUUUUUUCUUUAUUUUUCUUUCAUUGUGACUUCGUGCUUAAUUUAGAAAUCUUAUGUUAAUUUAUUAGUACUGCAUUGUAUUCUAUUUAUGAUUGUAUUGUGUGUUGCUGCUUGAAAACAUAUAUGUAUUUGAAUUUAGUACAAUAAUAAAUUACCGUGUGUGAU